CUCAUACGUACCACAACAAAUCUCCAUCCACUUUGACAGUAUUGAACUCCCUCCCCAUACCGAGUCAACGAAGCGCCUUGCAACCAGAUGCUGGCCACCGGCUCUCACUAAGUAGCGCCACUAUGGCUGUGUGCCAGGCAGCCCAGAGCUGGCUGAGCAGACCUUGCAGAUUAUCUAGGACCCGCCAGGCCAGCAGGGUACCGUGGAACGAUGUCUUCCCGCCGCAAACAGUCUUCACGCCGAGGAGAUUAUUAUUCUAUAGCAUGGACAGAGUGGAAGUGGAGUGAGGAUUGCCAGCGUUAUUGGCGUGCUCACGAGGGUAGCGAAGGGAAAUGGGAAUAUGAAUAUGCACCAUUGCAACCUAAAGGGGCGUCAGAUAUAAGUGAAGAGAUACAAGGGCUGACACUUGACCCUACGCCAUGGACUCCGAGAGCUCGAUCAACUGCAGAGACUGCAGAAUUGCCAUCCGUCAGCGAAGACUACCGUCGAUACGGAGAACCUCAAAACUGCCCGGAAGACCGACACGGGCCCGAAAACCAGCGCUACCCUGAAGAUCUACAAAAACCUGAAGAGCAACAGUACGGUGAUGGGCAGCAGUCCACUUUAACCCAAUUCUACCGAACAGACACAAGAGAAUUUCGAUCCAGGAAGGGAAAAUCUCGUGGUGUUGAGGAGAUUUCGUGUCCUAUAUGCUCAAUGAUAUUCUAUCGAGCUUCUGAUCUUGAACGCCAUCACAAGACCGUGCAUUUGAACGAUGGCGCGCGACCCUACCAGUGCCUUGUUGACGGUUGUACUGCAAAUGUUAGAAGCUGGACAACGGCAGACAAACUUCGUUUACACGAAAAGACAUGGCAUGCUGGCAACUUGGACACGCAAAGAUCACACACACAGGGGACGUUCCAUACGAGCUCGCAACCGGUAUUCGAAGUACCUAAGGUGUCAUCCUCUGGCUAUGGCUUUUCCUACCUAGCGCAGUCCACUACCUACGACCCCCAAUCGGUCUCCUCUCCGCAAUCGUCUCUGCAAACGCGGAAAGUUUUAACAAAGAAUCCCCAGAGGAUGCGCGAUGAACUCGAUUCCAGGUUUAAAGUUCAUAGGUCUAAAGAGUUCGAGUUUGGCAGAGUCUUCAAGGUCUUAUGGAGCGAGCCCAUGGGAAGCGGUGGUACAGAGAUCACUUUCGAAAAAACAUCUGCGAAAUAUGGUGAAAAUGCAUUCCACAAAAUUCGGCGCUUCGUUAUCGUCAAACAAAGAAAUGGGCACAGCAUAUGCAUUCCCAUAGUGACCUAUGGUUUUCAAGGCGUACUCAAAAAUGGCGUCCGUCCUGAAGACCAUGCGAUUGUUUACUCUGGCAAAUAUGAGGUACUCGAAGGUGAGGGUAAAUUGCCGUUGCAAAAGCCAAUCAGGAUUGAGACAAAAGAUGCCUCACAGAAGCUAGAUCCAAGGUCAAGGUUAAACUACGCCAAACUAUAUACCGUCGAGCAUAACGUCAAGGUCUUGUUCAUCGGAAGGGUAGCAAGAAGUCAUGAGCAAGAAGUCAUUCGGGCUUAUAACAACGCACAUCCUCCGCUUGAUCCUAGCCCGUAUGAGCAUCAACCUGAUACACCUGAUGAACUCUUCAGUCAUGCGGAGGGGCCUGAACCAACCUAUCCAACAGUGCCAACAGUACCAACAGUGCCAAUGGCAAUACCUACAGCAUCAUAUUCAAGCGGGGCUCAGCAAUAUUCAUCCUCUUAUGCUACAACAAAUGCCUACCCAUACCCAGGGCCAGGAGCACAACCAUACACUCAUGCAGACGUAUACGGCUCUCAACCGGAAAUGCCUCAUGCGGGACAACAGCAGCAGCCCGAGAACCAGAUGUACGAUGACGGCUACGAUGUCGAUUAGUACGCAAGAUCAAAAUCCGGGGCGAGAUUGCAAACAUUGGCCAGAAAUGGUCACUCUUUCAAUAUCCGUGAAAUUUGAUCGCUCUGUAACUUGUGCUGGUACCUUGAUGCUGUUGAAUAAGAGAUCGCAAAGGCAAAGAAGGGCGCCGUCGAGGCUUCAGCGCAUAGGUUCACGAAACCCUACAUAUUUUCGGUACGCACACAUUGCCUGUUAAUUGAAUCAAAAGAAGCAAUUUGGCAAAUAUGAGCUGAAGACUCAUGCGGAGAAUUUUGCGUGUGGCAGCGAUUUCAGAAGGCGUUCACAGUGGAGCACGUCUGGGCUAAUAUGCUCGGACUAGCUGAGAGCUCACGCAAGAUAGACUUACUUUCGGAAGAUACGCGAUCAUAU